UCGCAUAUUACUAGAUCCUGGCCUUUUUCAUUUUCAACUUCUUCGUUUAAUGGUAGUGCUAUUAGUAUGGGUGGUAAUAAACAAGUGAAUAACUCUGUGGAUGUGGUGGGCAAGUCCCAAGAAGCAAAUGUGUCAAGAAUCGGUGAGGGGCAAGGGAUUACUGAUCUGGGGAAUUUGACUACCAAGGUCGAAGAUGGAACAGGAAGGAUUCAAAAUGGAUCACUUGUUGCUGAGAACAGAAAUAAUUUGGCUUCAAUUGUGGAAGAAGUGAUUUUAGAGAAGAAUUUGGGGAAUUUCUCAGAGAGGGUAAAUAAUAAUGGAAGCUUCAUUGGUGAAAAAGAACAUUUAUGUGGGAAUUGCAGUCUUAAUGCCAAAGAAGAUGUGUAUUCGAAGAGAAUUAUUGAAAGGAAUUAUUCUGUGAAUAAUACUACCGAUAUGAAUGGCAAGGUCACUAAUAAUAAUAACAAUUUUAGUAAUUUGUCACAAGAUGGUGGGAAUGCUUCUCAGCCAAAUAAUAUUUCAAUCUCUUAUGAUUCUCGACUUAUGAAGAAGCAUGCAAAUUCUUUUGGAAAUUGUGAUAUAUUUGAUGGUAGAUGGUUGAGAGAUGAUUCAAAGCCAUAUUAUCCUGCGGGUUCAUGUCCUUACAUUGAUAAGGAUUUUGAUUGUCACAUUAAUGGAAGACCAGAUGAUGGAUAUGUUAAAUGGAAAUGGCAGCCAUACGGGUGUGACAUCCCCAGUUUGAAUGCAACUGAUUUUCUUGAGAGAUUAAGAGACAAGAAGCUGGUUUUUGUGGGAGAUUCACUGAAUCGGAACAUGUGGGAAUCUCUAGUGUGUAUACUCCGCCAUAGUGUCCGAAACAAGAAAAGAGUUUAUGAGAUUUCUGGAAAGACAGAGUUUAAAAAGAACGGUUUUUAUGCUUUCCUAUUUGAGGACUAUAAUUGUACUGUGGAUUUUGUUGGCUCGCCAUUUCUUGUUAGAGAAUCAUCAUUUAGGGGUAGAAAUGGAUCCAUGGAAACACUAAGAUUGGAUUUGAUGGACCGGACAACUUCAAUGUACCACGAUGCUGACAUCAUUAUCUUCAAUACAGGUCAUUGGUGGACCCACGAGAAAACUUCUAAAGGAGAAGACUAUUACCAAGAAGGUAACUAUGUGCACCCAAGACUUAAGGUGCUAGAAGCUUAUAAGAGAGCACUCACCACUUGGGCCAGAUGGAUUGACAAUAACAUUGAUAGCCAUCGAACUCAGGUUUUCUUCAGGGGAUAUUCUGUCUCCCAUUUUAGAGGAGGCCCAUGGAACUCAGGAGGACAGUGCCACAAAGAAACUGAGCCAUUCUUCAAUGGAACUUACUUAACUAAGUAUCCUUCAAAAAUGAGAGCUCUGGAGCAUGUGCUUCCGGAAAUGAAAACUCCAGUAGUAUAUUUGAACAUAAGUAGACUUACUGCUUUCAGAAAAGAUGGGCACCCGGCAAUAUAUAGAAUGGAAUACAAGACUGCCGAAGAACGAAUUGCUGCUGAGCGAGUUCAAGAUUGCAGUCAUUGGUGCUUGCCUGGAGUACCAGACUCUUGGAAUGAAUUGUUAUACGCCUCCCUCUUGAAAGCUGGAAUCGGAUCCUGGAGAAACUGAACAGAGUUGUAUACAAACUGGCAUUAAAUAAUAAUUAAUUGCUUGUACUCUUUUAGAUUUUUCCUGCCAAUUUCACAUGACUUAUGAGUUUUAAUUCGGCUUAGAAUAGUAUACAUCAAGUUUGUGCAAAACAGGCAGAUGUACAAAUGGAUUUUGCAUAUUAACGUUUCAAAUUACAAACAAUAUAAUUAGGUUUUCCAAAUUGGGAGGAUAUUGGU